AUGAAUCUCUGGGUUUACUAUCUACGGAUAGGUAUGAAAGGCACCUUAGGUAGCAGCUCGAGAUGGUAUGCUUGGCGUGAAGGCCUUCAACAUCGACUUGCCGGGUCUCUCCAAGACGGAGCUCAUUCUUGCUGCUCUUGGGGAGGAGGACAUUACCAAGCUGCUGUAGCUUUAUACGCCUUCAAAGGCAAGGUGCCAUUUGUCGACAUUAACAGGAGUACGUACCUAUACCUAGAUACUCAGGUAAGCAAGCUUGCAAACCGAACUAGAGUCCUAGAGUCGAACAAAUUCUACGGUUUAAUGAAAACCCAGACCUGCUACGCCAUUAUCACCGGAAAUCCACCGGUGAUUGCGGACGCGGGACCCGGGCGAGUCGGCGACUCACCUCUGGGAUGA